UGGAGUAGGAAUAUCUUUUUGGAAUUUUGAAAUUCCCGCGCUUUCUAUACUUUGUUCUUCGAAUUAUCGACGUGCGUCGUUUACCGCAACACAACGUGAAUCGAUAGUAUAAGAUCCUUGUGACAGUUGAAGAUCUUUAAUUUCGAGAGAAAAUAUGGAUGCCAUUAAACAAAAUACAAGAAAUAAAAUAGUACGGGAAAAAAUACUUGACAUAAAAAGAAUUCAAAUAGGAAAAUAUCCGAUAGAUUCGCCGUGGGUCAAGCCAGUAAGAAUUUGUUAUAUGCAAGAUGGACAUGAAAAAGUUUGGGAUGUUGUAAAAUCACAUGACAGCGUGGGAAUCGUUGUUUUUAAUACAACUCGAAAGAAACUCAUUUUAGUUAGACAAUUCCGACCAGCUGCAUAUUACGCUUGUUUACCAGAUAAUGUCAAGGAGAUCAAUAUUAAGCAAUAUCCACCGUCAUUGGGUCUGACCUUGGAAUUGUGUGCGGGUAUCGUAGACAAGGACAAACCUCUCGUCGAGAUAGCAAGAGACGAACUGAGGGAAGAGUGCGGAUACGAAGUACCUGCGUCAGCUUUCACAAAGAUCGUCACCUACAGAGGUGUAGGAUCUGGAGCUACCAAACAAACACUUUUUUAUGUAGAGGUGACAGAUGAAAUGCAUAUAUAUCCUGGAGGUGGUGCAGAAUCUGAGGGUGAACUUAUUGAACUGGUGGAAAUGAAUGUUGAAGAGGCAAAGGAGUACAUUAAUUCUGGAGAAGUACAAAGUCCUUCCAGUUUUCUCUUUGGUAUAUCCUGGUUUCUAAGCAAUAAACAUGGGCAUUAAUCUUUACUUCAGAAAUGAGCGAAUGUACACAAGCGAAUAAGAAAUGGUUGCAUAGACAAAAUACAAUGAAAUCACGUAAAUUAAUGUUAAAUCAGUGCUCAUUUUCGUCUUUUGUGAAUUGUGAACUGACCCAAGCUAGGCCCCAUUUUAAAUUUGUUAACAAAAACUUUAAGGCCUUGGUCCAUUGUUCCUCAGAAUUAAAUUGAAUUCUGAAACGAUAUAAAAAGUUGAUGUUAUUAAAAUGCAAUAUAAAAAAUAAAUAGAUAGACUCAACAAGUCUACAUUGACAAAGUUCUAUGAACGAAGUUCUAUUGUUACACAAUGACUUGUGAUACAAACAUAUUGAAAUAAUAUUAAUAUAAUUUACUAACUAUAUCAAAAUAAAAAGUUAUAUUACUUGA